AUGUCGUCUGCUGCUGCUGGGAGCAUGCUCAACGCGUAUUUGCGGCAGCGCGAGUUGUACGACUUUGUCAGGAAGGCGAGUGGAUCGCACAACAUGAGCAGCGCGCAGAUUGGCGAUGCAGACGCGCAGGCGAUCGCCGCGGCACUCAAAGUCAACACGACGCUGACCGAGAUCAACCUGGGUGGGAAUCAGAUUGGCGCUGCUGGAGCUCAAGCAAUAGCGGAGGCACUCAAGGCGAACAGGGCGCUGAAGAAGCUUGCUCUGGGCCGAAAUCAGAUUGGCGAUGCUGGUGCAGAGGCAAUCGCUGAAGCACUCAAAGUGAACACGACGCUGACGAACAUUUAUUUGAGCAAGAAUCACAUUGGCCAAGUUGGCGCUCAAGCAAUUGCAGAGGCUCUCAAAAAGGGCUCACCGCGGGUCAGUCUGAGUGAAAACCAGAUUGGCGAUGCUGGCGCUCUGGCGAUUGCGGCGGCACUCAAAGUCAACACGACGGUGACUGAAGUCGGCUUGGGCAUGAAUCAGAUUGACGUUGCAGGAGCGCAGGCAAUUGCCGAAGCACUCAAAGUGAACGCGACGCUGACUAACCUUUUUCUGGGCGGCAAUCCGUUUGGCGAUGCUGGUGCGCAGGCGGUUGCUGAAGCGCUCAGUGCAAACACCAAGUUGAUUUGUCUCAAUCUUCCCCAGAGUCAGAUUGGCGAAGCUGGAGCGCACGCAAUUGCAUCGGCACUCGAAGUGAACACGACGGUGAUGCUGCUCGGUCUGAAUGAGAAUCAGAUUGGCGACCUUGGAGCACAGGCGAUUGCGGCGGCACUCAAAGUCAACACGACGGUGACUGAAGUCGGCUUGGGCAUGAAUCAGAUUGACGUUGCAGGAGCGCAGGCGAUCGCCGAGGCGCUCAAAGUUAACCAGAUUGUGAUUUCAAUCGGCCUUGAUGAGAAUCAGAUUGGCGAUGCUGGAGCCGAGGCGAUUGCAGAGGCUAUCACAGUGAACAAGACGGUGAAGAAGCUCGGUCUGGGCAAAAACCAGAUUGGUGACGCCGGAGCACAGGCGAUUGCUGUGGCAUUCCAAGUAAACCAGACGGUGACGGCGCUAGGUUUGCACCAAAACAGGAUUGGCGAUGUUGGAGCGCAGGCGAUUGCAGAGGCCCUCAAAGUCAACAAGACGGUAACCGAGCUCGGUUUGUACGAGAAUCAACUUGGCGACGCUGGAGCAGAGGCAAUUGCACAGGCACUCAAAGUGAACACGACGGUCGCCGAGCUCGGUCUGGAUGGGAAUCAGAUUGGCGAUGUUGGAGCACAAGCGAUUGUUGAGGCGCUCAGAGUGAACAAGACAGUGAAGAUGCUCUAUUUGGAGGGCAACCAGAUUGGCGAUGCAAAGGCGCUGGAGAUUGCAAUGGCCCUCAAAACGAACAAGACGCCAGCUGACACGCACAACAGUUUGAGCAAUCCCAACUUCUUGACGCGCGCUGGAACUGCUGCGAGUCACGCGAUUGGCACAUUGAAGGAUUUCAUUGGUGGUCUUUACCCGCAGCGUGUUCCAUCGCCUGACGAGUCGGCGAACGCUGCACCUGCAAUGGAGCAAUUGCCCUAA